AUGGGAUAUCUUAGUGAUGUGGUAGUGCAGUGGGAUGUCAUUGAUGACAUGGCAGAAGGGGUUAUUGUGCCUGCUCCCUUUUUCUUCCCUAAGGGCAAAGGAUUUAUCUACUCCAUUGAUAGAGCGCCUUGGUUGAGAGAGGAUGAUAUUGACUAUUAUGUUAGCAAAUUUGAGAAGACUGGUUUCACCGAAGGAGUGAACUACUAUCGUGUGUUUGUCUUAAACUGUGAACUGAACCAACGCCCCCUGGUCGGGAGUUGGAGUAACAGUGCCAUCGAAGUUUACAUACACGGAGGCGGAUUCAAGAAAUUCGUGCCAUUGUUGGAGGACGUGGCCGUGCUUGAAGGUGCUGCUCACUUUAUCAAUCGCGAAAGGCCAGAUGAGAUCAACCAUCAUAUAUAUGCUUUUAUAAAGCAGUUCGAAACGCUCCCACCAAAAUAG